AUGAUCGUAAUUGUCAGCUAUGAUGUCAACUUUAACAAGAUGUCAGCAUUCCUGUCUGACAAUGCCAUGUACGUGUGCAAUGCUUUCUCCUAUGUGCUCCAAGGAAUGCUGCCCAGUGCUGUUCAUGUCACCUGCGGUGAGCACAUUCUGUCCCCAGUAAAUGACAUCUGGUGCGCACAGUUCCCUGAGAACCCUGUUAAGAAAAUUCCGGAUUCUCAUGAAAUCACACUCCAGCAUGGGACAAAAACAGUUUCUGCUUUGGGUUUGGAUCCCUCGGGUGCCCGUUUAGUAACUGGAGGCUAUGAUUAUGAUGUUAAAUUUUGGGACUUUGCUGGAAUGGAUGCAUCUUUGCAAGCUUUUCGAUCACUCCAGCCUUGUGAAUGUCACCAGAUCAAAUCUUUGCAGUAUAGCAGCACAGGAGAUGUCAUUCUUGUCGUCUCUGGUAACUCUCAAGCUAAAGUUCUUGACAGAGAUGGCUUUCCAGUAAUGGAAUGCGUCAAAGGCGACCAGUACAUAGUGGACAUGGCAAACACCAAGGGUCAUACAGCAAUGCUUAAUACAGGCUGUUGGCAUCCCAAAAUAAAGGAAGAAUUUUUGACUUGUUCCAAUGACGGAACUGUGAGAACAUGGGAUGUUAACAAUGAGAAAAAGCACAAAGGUGUGUUUAAACCACGGUCUGUUCAAGGCAAACGGGUGAUUCCUACAACUUGCACAUACAGCAGAGAUGGUAAACUUAUUGCAGCUGGCUGCCAGGAUGGCUCCAUCCAGAUCUGGGAUAGGAAUUUGAAUGUUCACACAAAGUUCCACUGCAGGCAGGCACAUGCUUCAGGCACUGAAACUUCAUGCUUGACAUUUUCCUAUGAUGGUAUUGCCCUUGCCAGUCGAGGAGGAGAUGACACUUUGAAAACAUGGGAUAUCAGACAAUUUAAAAAGCCUCUUCAUUCAGUUGAUGGCCUGUCCACCUUUUUCCCAAUGACAGAUNGCUGUUUCAGCCCAGAUGAUAAGAUACUUGUUACAGGAACUUCUGUGAAGAAAGGAGGUGGCAAUGGGAAGCUUAUUUUCUUUGAACGAGAGACGUUCCAGAAGGUGUAUGAAAUAGAUGUCACAGAUGCUAGUGUUGUGCGUUGUCUUUGGCAUCCCAAGCUGAACCAAAUCAUGGUUGGUACAGGAAAUGGAUUGGCUAAAGUAUACUAUGAUCCCAUCAAAAGUCAGAGGGGAGCAAAAUUAUGUGUGGUUAAAACCAAACGGAAAGCUAGACAAGCAGAGACACUUACACAGGAUUACAUUAUAACACCUCAUGCCCUUCCAAUGUUCCGUGAACCACGACAACGAAGUACGAGGAAACAGUUGGAAAAGGAUAGAUUGGAUCCUGUGAAAUCUCACAAACCAGAACCUCCAGUAGCAGGACCAGGUCGUGGUGGCCGUGUUGGAACACAUGGUGGUACCUUGUCAUCAUAUAUAGUCAAGAAUAUUGCACUGGAUAAGACUGAUGAUAGCAACCCUCGAGAGGCCAUUUUACGUCAUGCAAAGGAAGCUGAGGAAAACCCAUACUGGGUUGCGCCAGCAUAUUCUAAGACUCAGCCAAAAACGGUUUUUGCAGAAGUGGAGCAAGAAGAAGAUGAAACAGACAACAAACCAGAAUGGAAGAAACGUAAAAUUUAAAUACCUUGGUUUGAAGGAAGAUGACACAGGAUUUGAGACAAAGUAGAGAGAUAUUUUUGCUGUGCUCCAAGAGCUUACAUUUUUACAAAUAAAUUCUUGUAAUACAUUGAUCUGCUGUUUGCAACUAAAAGAUGAUUGUUACACUGAGAUGCAUUGGAAUUGUUAAUCUGCAUUUUGCAAGAAGGAGGUAAUUAUAUUAUAUAACAAGUUAUCUAUCAGUUUCUUAGUUUUAUGUUUUGAUAGAAAAAUAUUUGUGCUCAUAAUGUAUAACCAGAAGAGAUCAUCUGGUUAAUCAACGUAUUUCCAUAAAGAUCCUUUUAAUUAAUGCUACCAUUUGAGAUGUGAUAUCAUAAGGAUUUUAAGUAAGAAAAUAAAAGGUCUGUAGUUUCUCAGU